CGGCCGGCAUGCCAGUCGAUCUCACGAAUCCGUUACUGUUCCCACGAAAAUAUAUACCGGAUCAUUCGCACGGUCCAAAGUCACUCAGGGUGACUCGAGUCACGGCAUUGUAAUUCGUAGAAAAUUUAUCUGCCGAGAUCUUGUGACUUAAGACUCACCACUUGAUGGACAAUUGAUCACAGAGCACUGCUUCGAGUUAAAAUACCGAGUUAAACUUUUAGCCGAUUAAAUUUCUACGUCGUUCCGUCAACGUGCGCGGGUAUUUGGGGCUGCGAACGCUCCGCUCCAAAGGAAAUGACUUAAAUUUAAGAAAAAUAAAACCAAACUGCAGCGAUCCCUCAUCAAUUUGCGAGAAAGAAAGCAUUCGCCGUGUCGAGACGAGGAAAUGAGGCAGAAAAGUGAUUGAGAUGAGGAUUCGACGGUGCUUCGAAAGUUACUCAAACGGUCCACUAAGCCCGUUGACGCACGGCUAAGUCAACGACAUGAGUGGUAAAAUCGACAAAUGGAAUCUCACCCAACUCCGUGACUGAAAUCCAAAAACACCGGCAGAAAUCAAAGAGUAAAUAUUUUUUUUAUGUCGAACCGAAUCACGAUGCAACGAAUUGAAAUGACGUCAGGCCUGCCUGUGAAUGGCUUGCAGAAAAGUGGAGAGGCUUGCCUCGAUCGAUGAGAGGAUCCCGAUUUCUCCGCAAAGCUGAACGAGACUUGUUAAAUAGUCGAGUAUUAAGACCGAGAAUUCGCAACAUGGACGAUUCAGGCAUGCCGGUGUUCGACGGCUUCGAUAUUAACGAAAACGAAACUGCCGACGACGGCAACAAUUCCCUCAAGAUGGACGAGGUGAAUGCAAUUCUCAGCGACUUCUACAACAAUCUUAACAGCGAGACCAACUAUCUUCUCAUCACCCUCUACGUUCCCGUCAUCGUCCUCGCCGUCACGGCCAACAUCCUCGUCAUCGUGGUCGUCCUCAAGUACCACUACAUGCGGAGCGUGACAAACUAUUUUCUGGUCAAUCUCUCGGUCGCCGAUUUGCUCGUUACAACGAUCUGCAUGCCGAUAGCCGUCAGCCAAGCCGUCACCAUGAUAUGGGUCUACGGUGAAAUAAUGUGCAAACUCUUCUUCUACCUUCAAGUACCGAUGUGCAAGAGUGAAACAAUAUUUGCAGGCGUCGCAGUGGCCGCUUCCGUUUUCACAAUAACGGCGAUGAGCAUCGACAGGUACCUUGCAAUAAGGAGUCCGAUAGCCUUCAGGAGGGUCUUCAACAGACGGAGUACCAUACUAGUAAUCGCAGCUCUCUGGCUGGUCGCCUUGAGCAUCUUUGCCCCGGUUUUACGAGCUGUGACGUUGAGCCCGAUGAGUGAAUUGGACAACAUAACGAUCGGAGGGCAACGCAUUGAACACCCAACUUUUUACGUAUGCUCCGAAGACUUCAAGCCACUUGGUAUCCACACCCACAUUUUUGGCGCCGCCUGCUUCGUUCUGGUCUACGCGAUUCCCGGGUUCAUCGUGAUUCUGGCGUAUUCGAUGAUGGGCCGAACCCUCUGCGCCAGAAAACCACCUUUCGAUUGCGACAGUAUAGAAGGCAGUGCCAGCUCACAGCAGGGAUUUCGUUUAGUCCGUGAACGACGUCGCGUUGCUUGGAUCCUGCUUCUUCUGGCGGUUCUAUUCGCUUUAUGCUGGCUGCCAUACAACGUGCUCAGACUUCUGAUGGACCUCGGGGCACUUGGGAGCGGUAGAAACAUGUCGGACGUUUUGUCCUACUGCUUGUUCCUGGGUCAUGCGAACAGCGCUCUCAACCCCAUCGUCUACUGCUUCAUGACGCGUAACUUCCGGCGUAGCGUCUCCGAAAUAUUGUUUCGCAGUCGACACGCUCUUGCCAGACGUAAGCCUCAUCGUAAAACCACGGGGCCCGCUACGGGGACCUGCAUCGGAUGCAGCGGUUGCGGCGUAACCCCGGACGUCCCCUGGACAGACCCGUCAGGUCAAGAAGUCCCCCGUUGUCAUCUCUGCCUGACCCAGGACCAAUUCGCGGCGGGUCAGCAUCGGGGGGCAACAACGAGCAGCGGAUACGACACCUUCUACAGUCGGCACAAUCCGCACCGGCGGUGCUACAUGAUGAAAGCCGUGUGCAGCCCCCAGCGUCAAGGUCGGGAACAAUGUCAAGGCCGGAAGAACCAGGAGGCCGAUUCGAGCCGAGCGACGUGCCUGCAGGACUCGGGAAAAAGCUGCAGUCGGAAGACUUGCGAUCGGACCGACUCGACGAGGUCAAAGAUUUAAGCGCGACGGAGGCGACGGCGAAAUCGGCGACGUCUACAACGAUGACGAAGCCUCGAUAAAACGGGAUGCGUAUAAUGACAGGAAUCUCGAGACUCCUCGCCGGACGACUCAAGAGUCUUACGUACACAAGGGUGGUGUACAGAGGUACUCAAAGAUCGCUAUUGUCCGUGGAAAAUCAACCACCGACAAAUUCUCAACCAACUGUAGUCCGCAACGGUGGAGGACAAACAUCUUUAACUAAUGGUCC